AUGAAGUCCGUGCUGUUCAGCCGCUUCUUCAUCCUCCUGCCCUGGAUCCUAAUCGUCAUCAUCAUGCUCGACGUGGACACGCGCAGGCCCGCGCCCCCGCUCACCCCGCGCCCCUACUUUUCUCCCUACGUGGUGGGCCGCGGGGGCGCCCGACUCCCGCUCCGCAGGGGCGGCCCCGACAGCGGCCACGGGCGCGGCUGGGAGAAGCGCAACGACUCGCGACCACAGCCACAGCCGCAGCCGCGGCCGCGGCCCGAGCCGCCUCUGCCCACCAUCUAUGCCAUCACGCCCACCUACAGCCGCCCGGUGCAGAAAGCCGAGCUGACCCGCCUGGCCAACACUUUCCGCCAGGUGGCGCAGCUGCACUGGAUCCUAGUGGAGGACGCGGUGGCGCGCAGCGAGCUGGUGAGCCACUUCCUGGCGCGGGCCGGGCUGCCCAGCACUCACCUGCACGUGCCCACACCGCGGCGCUACAAGAGGCCCGGACUGCCGCGCGCCACGGAGCAGCGUAACGCCGGUCUCGCCUGGUUGCGCCAGAGGCACCAGCACCAGCGCGCGCAGCCCGGAGUGCUCUUCUUCGCCGACGACGACAACACCUACAGUCUGGAGCUGUUUCAGGAGAUGCGAACAACACGCAAAGUCUCUGUGUGGCCAGUGGGCCUGGUUGGUGGACGACGCUAUGAACGUCCGUUGGUGGAAAAUGGCAAAGUCGUGGGCUGGUACACUGGCUGGAGAGCAGACAGGCCUUUUGCCAUCGACAUGGCAGGAUUUGCUGUAAGUCUUCAAGUCAUCUUGUCCAAUCCAAAAGCCGUAUUUAAGCGUCGUGGAUCCCAGCCAGGGAUGCAAGAAUCUGAUUUUCUAAAACAGAUAACAACAGUUGAAGAACUGGAACCCAAAGCAAGUAAUUGCACCAAGGUUCUCGUGUGGCACACUCGGACAGAGAAGGUUAACCUAGCCAAUGAGCCGAAGUACCGCCUGGACACAGUGAAAAUUGAGGUAUAA